GACCUGGCGCCUGCUGUCUUGCCAGAUGACCCGGCGCCCGCUGUCUUGCCAGAUGACUCGGCGCCCGCAGUCUUGCCAGAUGACUCGGCGCCCGCUGCUCCGCCUGGUGACCCGGCGCCCGCUGCUCCGCCUGGUGGCCCGGUGCCCGCUGCUCCGCCUGCCUGAUGUGCCUCCUUCCGGUCCCAGGAUGCCCAGCCUGAUGCGCCUCCGUCCGGUGCCCAGCCUGAUGUGCCUCUGCCCGGUGCCCAGUCUGAUGUACCAGUCAUUGAUAUUCCGCCAAUUACCGGAUCCGGGCGGUGGAACAUUUUGCCCAUUUAGGACGGUUUGGAGCGUCCUGAGGCCGCUCCUUGAGGGGGGGUACUGUCAGGAAUGGACUCGCCAAUAGUGGUGGGACUCACCUGCCUUGUGGGUUGCAGUACCAGGACUGGCCAGCGGGUGCUCUCAGCAAUCAGAGGCUCACUCCUGCAGUCAGCCAAAACACCUGAGGCUGAU